AUGUUUCUCCAGUAUUAUCUCAACAAAGAGGGAGAACCGGUCUAUAAGAUGAAGAAGUUCAACCCUUUGGGACAAAAGACCUGUUCAGCUCAUCCUGAGCGAUUCUCCCCGGAUGAUAAGUACUCGAGACACCGAAUCACCAUCAAGAAAGGUUUCAAGGUGCUCAUGACCCAGCAGCCGCAUCAGUCAUUCGGCAAAACACUGUUGAAGAUAAUUAAAAAAUGGCUAGAACAGUACAUGGAUAGGAACUACCAGGAGUUCAAGCAGGAUUUAAAAGAGCCCUUGGCAUUUGGAAUUCAGAUGGAUCCUGUUUGA